AAGAUCCAUUGUCUUUUUAUCGGUCUUUUUUUGGCCAAUGUACUUUCUGUCCACUCUGUUUGGUUCCUGAGAAAAUGCGGUUAAAGGGAAAAAGAUGGAAAAUUUUCUAGACCCAUUAAUACAAUUUUGAAAAUUAAGUUGCAGAUAUUGACCAUUGGAUUGUGAAUUGUGAAUUGUGAAUUGUUCACAUUAGGUUUUUAUUUAAAUGCCCCCCUAACUUAACUUACCCAAUAUGUAUACUUGAGUUUCACAAAUUUGAUUUAAGAUUUUGUAUUCAUGUCAUGAUGAGACUGCUUUUAUAUAAUUAAACUUUUUUCUUGGGGGAGGGCCUUUGAUUCCACUCCUGAACAGAAUGGUCUUUAAUGAGCUUUACAGAGAGAGAAACUGCUUCUCAGUGACCCACCAAUAAAAUCUCAUGUCUCUCUGCAGAUGGUAACAUGUGAUGUGGGUAACAACACUAACAGUUAUGGUGCCCCAAAGCUCUGGUGGACCAUACAGAUCAAGGGAGUGGAGCACUUCUUCAGUCAACUACUCCACCAAAUUGGACUAUUCAUGUUUCAGAUAUAAGGACAGUUAAGGUUAGCAACAUUUCUCUAGCUGUAUCUGAGAGAGAUAUCAGAGAGUUCUUUUCUUUCUCUGGUGAUCUUCAAUAUGUUGAAAUGCAAAGGGAAUCAGAAACAACCCAACUUGCCUAUGUUACAUACAGGGAUUCACAAGGAGCAGAUACAGCCAUUCUUUUGUCGGGAGCUGUUAUAGAUAGUCUUGCUGUUAACAUAACACCUGCUGAGAAUUAUCAACUGCCACCUGAAGCUCUUUUAUCAACUUCAGAAAAAGACCUAGCUCUUAGCAGCCCUGCAGUUAAGAAGGCUGAAGAUGUUGUGAGCAGUAUGCUUGCAAAGGGUUUUAUAUUAGGAAAAGAUGCUGUUAACAAAGCAAAAGCCUUGGAUGAAAAACAUCACUUGAUAUCAAAUGCUUCGGCCACAGUCGCUUCCAUUGACAACAAGAUUGGUCUAAGCGAAAAACUAAGCAUCGGAAAGGCAGUGGUGAAUGACAAGGUGAGAGAGAUGGACGAACGAUACCAAGUAUCCGAAAAGACAAAAUCCGCCUUGGCAGUUGCUGAGCAAAAGGCAAGCAGUGCAGGAUCUGCUAUUAUGAACAACCCUUAUGUAUUAACUGGAGCUUCUUGGGUUUCAAGUGCAUUUAGUGCAUUUGCAAAGGCAGCUGAAGACGUAACCAUAUUGACUAAGGAGAAAGUCGAAAAAGCCGAAGAGGAAAAGAAAGAGACCAUUUACAGAGAAAGAACAGCAAUCAUCAGUGACUUUGCUCAUUUCCAGCUCGACGAUGCCUCGGCAAGAGAACCUCCAACUGUCCCAGUUAAUUCAGUUGAUGACCAAAAGCUUGGAAUUAUAUGAUACAAAUGAAUUCGCCAUCGAUUUUUUCAUUUUAUUUUUUUGCAAUGUGGAAUUGUUUGUGGGUGUUAAUACAAGAUUUGUGUCAUCAAAUUUUUUGUUCGAAUCCCUCUUGUCUGGCUAUUGCAACGUUACCUGGAGAAUUCAUGUAAUAUUGUUGAUAAGGAUCAGUAGUAGCUAUAGUACGAGAGUUCUGGAAUUGUAUAAAUAAGCUUUUAGCAUUUUUAAAAUUAUAUUACUUUUAAAA